AUGUCACUUCAAUUCGAUGAUCCCCUAGAAUAUACGAAUCCGAAACGUCUUUGGACAUUGGCUUCGAUCAAUACAUCAAAAGAGAAAUAUGAAUUAUGCAAUCAAUAUACACAACAUCGACUUUCAUUGGGGCCUAUCAUCGGUUCUCGACUAUUAUCAUCCUACAUUCGAUGUUCAAAAACUACCGGUGAUUUCAUUUCGUUUUCAAUGCCAUCUAUCACAUUUAACGGUGAAGUAUUACGAAUGGAUUUUGAUCUACCAUUACCACAGUUAUUGGCGAAAUCAACUGAAAAUAUUUUAAUUUCAUCUCACAUUAUUCGAAAUCAAACUUUGAAUUCAACACAUACCGAAAGUAUAACGCACAGUAUUACACGUACAAAUUCGUUUACUUAUUCAAUCAAGGAAUCAUUAAAAUAUUUAUCGGGACUUUCAUUCAAGGCUGAAAUUCCAUUUAUUUCAACCAAUAGUGGAAGUACAAUUGACAUGAAAUCAGAACUAGGUGGUGAAUCACAGCAACAAUGGACACAAACGAGUCAAGAGACAUAUUCGAUUUCAAAAACCAUUACAGUACCACCCAAUGAAUGUAUAGAAGUGAAAUCAUUUGUCAAAUGGAUUGAAAAUAUAUCGAUUCCAUUUAAAGCAAAGAUGAAAAUUUCUGGACGGUGUCAUCGACUGAGGUCAGAUAAUGGACAAAUUGUAGAAAACCAACCAAUGGAUAGAGACUUGAUACAACAAUACUUAAAAAUGAAUUCAUUUCAAGGACAAAUUCUUUCAUGUACAGAAGACAACGUUGUUAUGGUUGAAUUAACCGGCACGUUCAAAGGAAGUUAUGGAUUGGGAACUGAUACAGAACUGAAAAAUAUUUGA